AUGGGCUUCUUCUCAAUCUACAUCCGGCGUUUUGCUGAAGAAGACUCCACCGACCUCAGCCGCCGCCGGAGACACCCUCCGCGGUUGCGUGAUGGCAAUAAUCAGAAGAACGGUGGUGUGGAUCCUGCCACCAUCAAGUCAUUGCCACUUGUUUCUUACCGUGGGGGCGCCAAGCAGCUGAUCACGGACUGUCCAAUCUGCUUGAGUGAAUUCGAGGAGACGGAAAUUGUUAAAUUAAUCCCGCAUUGUGCACACGUGUUCCACCCGGAGUGCAUCGACAGGUGGCUGGGCUCACACGUGUCAUGUCCACUGUGCAGGUCGACUCAGUUACUUGAGGUGGUCGAUGAUCAUCAGGAGGUUCGAUUGGCCGUGGAGGAGGAAGAGCAUGGUAAUGGAGGGAGUGAGCUGGGUGGAAGAUCGACGGUUGAUGAUUGUGACACGUGUAGUAAUCCUGGAAUGAGAAGGGUCUGUAGUUGCACGAGCGUGGGCGAUCGACUUGUUUUGCACAGAAGCAUGAGUUUUUGA